UGGGGUCGCCGGCCGGAGCGGGAGCACCGCGAGGAGACCCCGCGGGGCGGGUCUCGGGCGAAGGUGGCGGCGGCGCCACGGGCGGACCUGAGGCUCCGUGAGGGCCCCGCGGUCCUCACCCUGCCCCGGAGACGCCGUGUUCCGGCUUCCCGCCGGGCUGUGCCUCCGGGCUCCGAUCCCUGUGCCGCAGCACCCAUAGUUUGUGCUGAGUCAGUAACAUGAUCGCCAAGCUGGCCAGAACCUGCACCCUGCGCAUCAGCCCGGAGAAGCUGAACUUCAUCCUCUGGGACCGGCAGCCCAGCGGUGGGGCCAGCACGUGGUGUGAGCUGGAGCAAGAGAACUUUUUCAGUGAAUUCCAAAUGGAGGGUGUGUCUGCAGAAAACAAUGUGAUUUAUUUAGAACUAACAUCAGAAAAUCUAUCUCGAGCUUUGAAGACUGCCCAGAAUGCCAGAACCUUGAAAAUCAAGCUGACUAAUAAACACUUUCCCUGCUUGACGGUCUCUAUAGAGCUGCUGUCUGUGUCAAACAGUAGUCGCAUUGUGACCCACGAUAUCCCCAUAAAGGUCAUUCCUCGAAAACUAUGGAAGGACUUACAGGAGCCCUCAGUCCCGGAUGCCGACGUUUCUAUUUAUUUACCAGUCCUGAAGACCAUGAAGAGUGUCUUGGAGAAAAUGAAAAACAUCAGCAAUCACCUUGUUAUUGAAGCUAACCUAAACGGAGAGCUGAACUUGAAAGUAGAAACCGAGUUAGUCUGCGUCACAACUCACUUCAGAGAUCUCGGGAACCCCCCACUGGCCUCUGACGACGCCUCUCUGGACAGAGACCCGGCAGAGAUGGUGGCAGUGCUUGUGGACAUCCGGAAGCUCCUGCCCUUCCUCGCCGGGCAGCAGGUGAACCCCACCAAGGCCUUGUGCAAUGUCGUGGCCGGCCGGAUGGUUCACCUCGAUGUGCUCCACGAAGAUGUGUCCCUGCAGUGCUUCAUCCCUGCACUGGCCUUGGCCUGAGCCUGGCUUUGGUUGGUGCAGGCAGUGGCGGCUCUGUCGCCUCCAGCAUUGUCAGCUCCACACGGUGCUCAGUUCAUCCUCCGCGGGAUGUGAGUGGCAUGGUUGGGUCAGCGGAUGACUGCAGAUUGUCUGUUUUUUACUUUGGUUUGAAGACCUUGAGAAGACUAUAGGGUUUGUUUCCUUGGUUUUUGUAGCUGGGCCUCUCAGGUGAUGAGCUGCCAGUGCCUUCUCCUGGAGGUAGCAGGGUUGGGACACUGGGUGGGAUGGUCCUCCUGCCUGUCCAUCCUGGGUGCCCCCUGGGCCCUCCUGCAGCUGGAGUGAUUCCCAUCUGGACCUCUGUUCCUGGUCCAAGGCUGCAUCCUCCUGGUGGCUCCUGCUGUCUCCUGGUGGCUGGCUUUGCUCUUAAAUCACCGGGUGUUUUCAGGAGUGGAGCCCAGAGCCUCAUGCACACUGGGCCACAGUGGCCCCAAGCCCAGUGGCCCUUCAAACAGAACCCCAGGCUGCAGUCUGGAAGGAGCCUUGCAUGUGGGGGACCCCCCUUUCCUGCUGUUUCAGAGCAGCCUCGCAGUGUGGGGACGCUCCCCCUGUUCCUCGAGGGCGCCCCCGUCUCCUGUCCCCUAAAAUCAGUGCCAGGAAGUGGGCCACACAGACAGCCUCCUGACACCACGUACAGAGCCUGACCUAGGUUUCAGGGUGAUGCUCGGAAGUGUAAGUCAGCACAGACUGUGCUUCCCUGUGAGCUCUCUGCAUCAUAAAAACCAGUGUAUUUAACUCUUCUGGAGUUUGAUGUUAGUUUAACUGGAUCUCGUAUUUUGUUAAAGUAACAUUUUGGAAUCGCAUUUGCCUGGGUCUGAUGGCACCGCCCCUAAUCCCAGCACUCAGGGGACUGAGGCCCAGAGGCCCUCUGUGAGUUCUAGGCCAGCGUGGCUCCAUAGUGAGCACGCAUUUAAAUGUUGCUCCCCUCCUUGGCUUGACUUCCUAAAACCUGAAUCACAGUCCUGCAGUCCUAAAACCUGAGUCACACACAGGAUGGAGACAUGGCCUGGGCGCCGGUCCAAGGUGGUAACUGGCUCUGCAGGGCCUCGGUGCACCUUGCGCUGGCCCAGCCCUGCUCGUGUCUGUCUGUCUGUCUCUGUCUGCCUGGGCCCUUUGUGAGGUUCCUGCACCUCACAGUGAUCACCCUGUGGUUGCAGUGUCAUGUCUGCAGCAACCCCAGUCUCCCAGACACCGUCUGAGUGGUUUCACACCUGAGCGUGGGCCGUGUGGCCUCUGUGCCAGCUUGUUUUACUUCCCAGUUUCGCUAGGCCCUGCAUUCUCCUUGUUACAGACUUCCCAGUUUCUCGGGUUCCCUCCUCCUUGUUACAGAUGAUUGUGGUAGGUCACUUUAAACAGAUGAGGGAGGCCUUCUGACGCGGUUCCACUGGGGACACACAGGCCCCUAGUGACGCCUCUGGCUUAACACAGUGUUUCAUCCUCCUAAGUAGUGCUGGGAAGAGAGUGCUGGCGGGCAGAGCACAGAAGGCUGCAGCCAGUUGUAGCUUGGAUGUCGAGGUGUCGAGGUGUUGCUGGGGAUACAAACACCCCGAUUCACACGGGCAUCUCAGCCACCCUGCUGCUGGCUUGUUCCUAGUUCCUCUUUGUAUACUGACGUGUUUUCUUUCUUUUUUCUUUUUUUUUGUCUUUUUCCUUUUUAUUGGUACUGGGGAUCAAACUCACGACUGCCUGCUUACAAGGCAGGCACUUAGGCCGCUGAGCUAAACCUCCAGCCCCCCUGACGUGUUUUCUUACAAUUUUGUAACCAACUUUGUAAAAAGUAUUUUUACAGGACUCAAUAAAUAUUAUUUGAGUA